AAAGUUGUACGAGGAAGAACUGUACGUGCGGCCGGCUGCACCAAGUGAAGAGCCGAACGUGAGGCGGGGACAAACUGCACCGACGUCUGACCGUGUCUGACGAACUGGUCGGAGGAAAAACGGAACAGAAGUGUUCUGGAAACGGCAAGUCUCCUUCCACACAGAUCAGAGCAGACCGAGUAGCAAAGCAAGAUGGGAUCGGGGUCGUCGGUGCCUUCCAAGGGCAUACUGGUGAAAGCAAAGACGGGGAACUACUGUGGAGGGGGCACCAAUGGAACCAUCUACAUCGAUCUCGAGGGAAGCACAACAGCCCCCAUCAAACUGGACGUGUGGUGGAGGGACGACUUUGAAAAGGGAAGCGACCUGGAGUUCAAGGAGAAGGGCGUUACCCUGCCAGAGCGGUUCCGUCAAGGUGACGGUUACCUGAGGGUGUGGCGAGAUGAUUCCUGGCAAGCAGACAAUUGGUUCUGUCAGUCUCUGUCCAUCCAGGACAAGUCAGGCCUGACUUAUAACUUUCCAGUUAACCACUGGAUCAGAGCAGGUGAGGCGGUAUGGGUGCCCCCUGGCGGUGCAGUACUGCCCCAGCAUGACCGAUACCCCGACAACCGUAAGGUAGUGCUGGAUAAACAGAGGGAGCGUUUUGCUUCCUUCUAUCUUGAUCCAGGCAUGCUUCCCAUGUUACGAGACCUCCCAAAAGAGGAACACUUCUCCUCCAGGCAAAUUGGGUCUCUGUUAAAGUCAGCUGCGAUCAUGGGCGGGACGAACCUAUUUCUCGUCGUUGCAGACGGCCGCUGGACAACAUUUGACGGCAUCAAGCAGGCAUUCCCACCUGGGGAAACUCCAAAAGGAAUGGCCGACUGGAAAACGGAUAAGCAUUUCGGAGCACAGCGUCUGCAGGGCGUCAACCCCACCUCCAUCCGCCUGUGCAAGGUCAUCCCGAGUGGUUUUGGCGUGACGUCACCCAUGGUACAACCUUUCCUCCAAGGCCUGACACUGGACGCAGCGAUGGCAGCGAAGCGGGUGUACAUCGUGGAUCAUUCAAUCAUGAAGAUCACCGACAACAAGAACAACAGACCUAUGUGCGCUCCCUACGGACUGUUCUUCGUUAAUAACAACCAAGACCUAGUUCCUGUCGCCAUUCAGCUGUACCCUAACGAUGACACAAAAACACACCCGGUGUUCCUGCCGGGUGAUUCCGAGUACACGUGGAUCAUGGCCAAGAUGUGGUUCAACUGUGCCGACGGGAACUACCACGAGGCCGUCCCUCAUCUUGGAUUUACUCAUCUUCUGAUCGAAGCAUGCGCACUAGCAGCCCACCAGACCCUCGCCCCGUCCCACCCGAUUCUGCGUCUCAUGCAGCCGCACUUCAUCUACCUUUUCCAGAUCAACUCGUUGGCCCGGAAAACGCUGAUCAACGAAGGCGGCGGUCUGGAUAGAGUUACACAGAUCGGGAGGGAUGGCGCCUUUGAACUCAUCCGAGAGAAGCUGAAGACUUGGCGGCUUAAUGUCGAAGGAACACUUCCAGAGGAUCUGAAAGAGCGAGGGGUAGAUGACGUGAAGGCCUUGCCGAACUACUACUACCGUGACGACGCCCUGCGCCUGUACCCCUUGAUCCACAAAUACGUCACAGAAGUCGUGAACUUGUUCUACGAUGAUGGCAAUGACUCAGAGAAGCUAAAGAAGGACCCGGAGGUUCAGGCCUUCGCGAGAGCUCUCGUUUCACCGGACGUUCCCAUCAAGGGGGUUCCCGGGGGCGAAAAGCCGGGGUUCACCAGCCUUGAUGAGUUGAUCCAGACGGUCACCUCCAUCAUUUUCACCAGCAGCGUGCAGCACGCAGCCGUCAACUUCAUGCAGUGGGACCAGUACGGCUUCGUACCCAACAUGCCGCUGUGGCUGGAGGGAAAUCCGCCCACAGAUAAGAGCGAAUUGACAGAGAAAGACGUCUUGAAUGCUCUCCCUGGAAGGAGGAAGACUGUUGAGAUCAACCUUCUGACUGAUGUCCUGAGUGAGCGGGCGACAAAUCCUUUGGGGAACUUCUUAGUGCCGUACCUCCAGCCAGUACAGGGCCCACCUGAGCUGCCGGCGGUGGGAAGGUUCAAGGAUAACUUGGCUACUGUCGCCAGAGAGAUCGAAAAGCGAAACCACCCAUAUGACUACCUGAAUCCAAAGAACAUUCCGAACGCCAUCAGCAUCUAGGAAAACGAGUCUACAGAUGGACUGGGUAAAACCGUUCUGAAAUGAGAUGGAUAUAUUUAACUAAUGAUCUAAUGAUCGCCUAGCAGCAACUCAUCGGCACAUAAAGAACACUUAGACUUAUCACAUUCAAAUGGUAAAACCUGACUCAGUAUCAGUAAUGUAAUAUGAUACCUAGAGGAUGAAAACUGAUUCUAUCAGCAAUGUAAUGUGAUACCUGCAGUAUGAAAUCUAGAUCUGUCAGUAAUGCAAUAUGAUACCUGACUCCACCAGUAAUGUAAUUUGGUACCUUACUCUAGGGACUCUUGUUUCGUGCUGUUUGUCGGUUUGAGCUGUUGUUUCAGAAGUCCACCUGUUGUUUGCUAAUUUGGCUGUCAUCUGAGGUGUUGUUUACUGAUUUGUUCGUGUAUUUGGGAUGUUGUUUACUGAUUUGUUCGUGCAUUUGGGAUGGUGUUUGCAAAUUUGUCUAUUUGCGAUGAUGUUUCUUGACUUGUUUGUGUAUUUGGGAUGUUCUUUGUUGACUUGUGUAUUUGGGAUGUUGUUUACUGAUUUGUUUGUUUGAGCUGUCAUAUAUUUUUGGUGUGAGCUGUUUGUUGACUUGUUAUUUCAGCUGUUGUGUGCACAUUUAAGACGUAAGAGAGAUUUAAGGGUUUUAUGAUAACUUGUUAAAUGUGUGAAUUUGUGUAAAUUUGACGAUUCAAUAGUAAGGAAUAUUACUUGCCUCCUAGCGACUUCAUUCUGAAUUGCAGUGGCCUCCAUACUUAACUAUAAACUUGACUUUUUGAUGAUCAUCUAUAGAGAACGAGAUCAGAAAAAUAAAAUCAUCUGACUUUGACUUUUGCACCAUCCGGUUGUUGAGGUUGGUAUGUAGUACACGGACACUAUACUAUGGACACUGUAUUAAUUUUAUGAUAUGUAGAUCAAUCCAGAAUUAUUGUUAUUCCGUUUUGGUACAUGACAGGACUUUCGCAAUUUUGAUGAAGAAUUUGACAGUACCGGGCAGAUGAUGCACGUUCAUUGCACGAAAUGACCUCGAACCCUGACGAAUACGUACAGGUAUUUGUAUAUUU